AUGGACGGCCAAUCGUCAAGCAUAGUUCCCAAAGGAACCUGGGAUACGCACUUACAUGUUCUUGAUCCGGAGACAUUUCCAUAUAAGCCUGACAGGACAUACACGCCCGCAGCUGCCGUUCUUGAAGAUCUCAUGACAUCAACGCUGGCAGAUUGCUUCUUGAUCGUUCAAGCGUCGGUCGAAAAUGGGAUGGAGGCGACAUUGCAACAUCUGCAAAAUGCCAGCAAGCAAUUUCCAGACAAAGCGUUCCGCGCAGAGAUAGAGAUACCUGGUGGGGCAACCUUCACGGACGAAGAAUUCAAGCAUAUGAGCGACCUUGGGGUAAGGGCGGUUCGCCUUCACGGAGAGAUCGGCAUGUCUGGAGAUAUCCUCGAGGGGGUCAAAGCCAUGUGUCCAUUGAACAUCUGGAACGACGUCGGUGAAUGGCUGGUCACGUCGCCUGAGAUGCAAGAUAUCACCAUCAUAGUCGAGCACAACGGCAGAAUCGACCCGACAAGGGAUAUAGCAAGUUAUCCCGAGCUCGACACUUUGUUGGACCUCUUGUCAAGACAUCAAUCCAAGUUCGCUGUCAAGAUAUGCGGCAUCAACCGACUAGAAAGCAGCAGUGACACUCCGGGAAGAAUAUCCAAGAUUCCUUCGGCAGUCCUAGCAAUAAUCCAAACGGUACCGGAUUUGGUCAUAUGGGGCUCAGACUGGCCGCACACGGAUUACAAGAUUCAUGGGACGCAGUUCGCAGCCAACAAAGUGGUGGAUUUGUCGAAUGAAGUCAAACUGUUGACUGAAGCCUUGACACCGGAACUCUGCUCAAAAUUGUUUCGGGACAAUGCGGCGAGGCUUUUCACAUAG